AUCGAUUCUCAACCAUCAAAUACGCAAACUAUCAAACCGAAGAACCAAUCAUCAAUCUCAAACCAUGCCAGCUUCUUCAAGACCUUAUGAUCCAAACCUCAAGACUGCAUAUAAAUCAGAUCCAUCUUUACUUUCGGUCAACUUCAAUCAAGAUUAUACUUGUAUAAGUGUAGGAACUAGAUCUGGUUAUGCUAUACAUAAUUGUGAUCCGUUUGGAAGAGUUUAUGCAAAGGGUGAUUCUGCUAUUGGAAUUGUAGAAAUGUUAUUUUGUACUUCAUUAGUAGCAUUAGUAGGUACAGGUGAUCGACCUUCACCAAGUACUAGGAAAUUACAAAUUGUCAAUACCAAGAGACAAUCAACAAUUUGUGAACUUACUUUUCCUACAUCUGUUUUAGCUGUUAAACUUAAUCGAAGAAGACUGGUGGUAGUCUUAGAAGAACAGAUUUAUCUUUAUGAUAUAAGUAAUAUGAAAUUACUUCAAACACUUGAAACUAGUUCGAAUCCUAGUGGUAUAUGCGCUCUUGCACCAUCUUCAGAAAACUGUUAUCUUGCCUUUCCUUCUCCUCUUUCAUCACCUUCUGCUCCAUUCUCUAAUGCGCCACCUACGCCGACCUCUUCAUCUUCAGUCAGUACAGGAGAUGUUUAUCUAUACGAUGCAAUGUCAUCAUCAGUCACCAAUGUGAUUCAAGCUCAUAAAGCACCCUUAGCUUUGAUCUCAUUCAAUUCGACGGGUACUUUGAUGGCCACAGCAUCCGAUAAGGGAACUGUUAUCCGAGUCUUUUCAGUCCCGAAUGGUGAAAAAGUCUUUCAAUUCCGACGUGGUUCAUACUCAGCUCGAAUCUUUUCAAUCUCUUUCAAUGCAGUCUCAAGUUUAUUAGCCGUUAGCUCAGAUACAGAUACAGUUCAUAUCUUUAAACUUGUUACAAGAGGUUACAAAGCGGGUGGUAGUAGUUCUGCACCAACACGUAAACCUGAUGGAAAAGGUCUUGGUAGUUUGAGAAAGAAGUCUUUUAACCUUGGUCGAAGUUUGGCAGGAGCAGCAGGAGGAUAUCUUCCUAAUACACUUACUGAACUUUGGGAUCCACAAAGAGAUUUUGCAUUUCUAAAACUUCCAUCAAGUGGUAUUAGAACAGUAGUAGCUUUAAGCAGUACGGCACCUCAAGUCAUGGUAGUUUCAUCAGAAGGAGUUUUGUAUUGUUAUCAUAUCGAUUUGGAAAAUGGUGGAGAAGGCAUCUUACAAAAAAAUCAUAAUUUAUUAGAAGGAUUAGAUUCUUAUGAUUCUAGUGAAACAUCUAAUCAUCAUACAAAUCAACAGAGAGGAAAUGAAGAUGGGAAUGAAUUUACACAGGAUUGAACACAUGAAUUGAUCUAGGUGUUUUUUUCGUCAUAUGAUUGAAGUUUUUGCUUUUUUUAAUUUUUUUUGAUGGGUUUAUUAUAUGGGAUCUUAUUUGAUCUAUUCUUUUUUUCUUUACUGUUUUUCUUAUUUAAGAUUUUUUUUUCAGAUGGAGAUAAAAACUUUCUGUUCUUUUUAAAAUUGAGUUAUUUCUUAUUUUUUUUGGUGCUAGAUCUAAAGAUACUUGUAAAUAUGUUUUCUUUUCUUUUCUUUUCAUUCAUUUUCUUAUCAGGUUGAUUCAUCAGAUUGAUUGAUUGAUAAAUAUAUAGUACUGUCACUGAAUUUGGGAAUGUCAUUGGUUUCGAAUUUCAAUUCUGGAUAGAAUUUGGAAAUG